CAUGACCAUGACCUCAUCGGUCGCAUCGGCCACUCCAUCCACAUACGACUGUAUCGUCAUCGGCGGGGGUCAUGCUGGCUGCUCCGCUGCCCUCGCAGCGGCGGAGGCUGGUUGCACGCGGGUCCUCAUCGUCGAGAAGGCCCCUGAAGAGUGGACAGGUGGAAACGGUUAUUUCACCGCGGGUGCCUUCCGGUCUGCCCACGGAGGCCUAGAGGACCUGCUGCCCGUAGUCCGUAAUGUUACCCCUGAGCAGGUGGGCAAUAUCGAUCUGGAUCCGUACCCAGUGGACCAAUUUGAGGCCGAUAUCAUGCGCCUUGCGGAGGGCAAGUCAAAUAAAGACCUCGUACACGCCGUAGUACAGGGCUCUCGAGGCGCGAUCCAAUGGCUGGCAAGUAAAGUAGAAGUGCCGUUCAUCCUAUCAUUUCAUAGGCAGGCAUAUGAAAUAGAUGGAAGACAGAAGUUUUGGGGAGGACUGGCGCUCGCGGUUGAUGAAGGGGGGAAAGGCCUUAUCAAUGCAGACCUCCGUGCACUGAAGAAAGCCGGGAUAGACCUCUGGUAUAAUUGCCCCGCCAUCCGUUUAGUCGGGAACAACCAAGAAAUUGAAGGAGUAGUAGUACGGAAAGACGGGGCAGAGACAGUGUUACUAGCAUCGGGCAUCGUGCUGGCCGCAGGAGGAUACGAGUCAAGCUCAGCUAAGAGAGCAGAGUAUAUGGGGGAGCAGUGGGAAUUUGCAAGGGUUCGGGGGACUCCGUAUAAUGAAGGGGAUGGGAUCGAGAUGGCUCGUCUAGUUGGCGCAAGACUCACCGGAGAUUUUGGUGGAUGUCACAGCACGUGCUGGGACGCGAACGCACCCGCUGACAGAGGUGACCGGAUUCUUAGUAACCAAUUCACAAAGUCAGGAUACCCACUCGGCGUCAUGAUCAAUGUGCAAGGCGAAAGGUUUGUUGACGAAGGCGAAGACUUUAGGAACUACACCUAUGCAAAGUUUGGUCGCAAGAUCUUGGAGCAACCAGGAGGAGUCGUGUUCCAAGUCUGGGGAGUAGAUGCGACAGCGUUAUUGAGGGAUGCAGAGUAUGGCGACGGCAUCGUCCAAAAGAUUACAGCCAACAGUCUUGAAGACUUAGCAGAGGAGUUGACCAGGAUAGGGCUCAAGGAAAAAACACGGUUCUUGAGCACUUUAGAAGGUUACAAUCAGGCGGUACGACGGUUCCGGACGAAGAACCCGGAUGUCCGCUUCGACCCCGCGAUAAAAGAUGGGCUGUCAACGCUUUGCGAUUCCUCGGCGGCAGCACGUCAAUGUCCCAAAUCUAACUGGGCUUUACCGAUUGACAAAGGUCCUUUCCUGGCGGUGAAGGUUGCAUGCGGGAUCACCUUCACGUUUGGUGGCUUGGCCAUAGACCCUCAAACGGCAGGGGUCAUCUCGGAGUCAGGGAACGUGAUCCCUGGUUUGUUCUGUACGGGAGAAAUGGUUGGAGACCUGUACCAUAACAACUAUCCUGGAGGAAGUGGUUUGACUGCCGGCACGGUGUUUGGCAGACUGGCAGGGGCUGAACUUGCCAAGAGGGUGGCCGCCAAGGUUACUCCUUGACGAUUAUGGUUAGAAAUAGCGUGGUAAAUGGUAUACAUCAUGUGCAGAGAUAUCACAACACUACUUGUAUGCGG